UUCCAUUUAUUUAGUUUUACAUUUGAUCAUGAAGGAUUACCUUACAUCUUCCAGGUUGGCACGGAAACAAGUUUUUGUUAACGGGAAGGAUACAGAAGCUACGCUAUCUGAAAUUACACUGCCUCGAGUUCGAAAAAAAGCUUGCCACUUGGAGAGUCGUCUGGACAAAUCAUUGGAAGCUGGCCUGCAUCUAUUGAGGGUUAUAAGAUUCCAGUAUCAUUAUCUGCAUCAUUCAGAACAUUCGACAGAUCAGCAAACGGUACAUAGCGGCGAUGAUUCUAAUGUCAGCAGCAAUCCUUCUAUGGAUGCCGUUAAGCAUUCGAGAAAUCACUGCAUACGCCGUCGAGAAGAUCGUUGAACCGGAAAAUCCCAUCACCAAUGAGAAUAUGUACGCCGACUAUCCGUAUCUUCGCGAGUUGGACAUGAGCUAUCAAACGGCAUUCGACUUUCCAAUGCAUCAGGUUCUUCUGGAUCACGAACGACUAUCGGCAUACAUUUGCAAUUAUUGCGGAAUCCAAUCAAUCUACAAUCAAUCUCUAUCCAAACUGCCACACCUAACGUUGAUUGUGUUGAAACAUAACGCUCUAAAGUACGUGCAUCCUGAUUCAUUCCAGCACAACUCCCGACUGGAUCAUAUAGAUUUAUCAGGCAAUCAGCUGGUAACGAUUAACUCACAAGCCACUCUGCGACAUAUAUCUUCAGUAUCGAUAUUAAAUCUGAGUCAAAAUAGGAAACUGGAUAUCAAUCGAGUGAAGCUAGAAUGCGAUAGACUAAUGAUUUUCAGCUGUAACAAUUGCGCAACAACCUACCUGGACCGAAAUUCGUUCGCUGGCAUGUCCAGACUUUCACACAUUAACUUCAAUGAGAAUAUGGUCGAUCAGAUCCAUUACGAUGCACUGGAAUGGUUGAGUUAUUUGAAAACUCUUAACAUCGAUGGGAACCGUAAUUUAACGAUGUUGAGCUUCUCGUCAAAUUCGUUAAAAUGGUUAAGUGCCGAAAAUUGUUCACUGGAAGGAACUUUGCAAACAUCCCAUCUACCAGAGCUGAAAACCAUCAAUGUGCGGGGAAACCGCAUUACAAACUUGGAUGAGCUUAGUCUCGUAACUAAUCGGAAGAUCAACACUUUACUGUUGGACGACAACGAACUUGAAAAAAUACCAAAGAUACUCAUAAAGCUACCAGAGUUGCAGCGCCUUUGCCUCGACCGAAAUCUUUUGCAACCGUAUGAAAAUAUCGAUGAAGCAGCUUUAGUGUAUAAAAAACGAUUUUUGAGGCAGAAUUGUUCUCAAGACGAUAUCUUCCAUCACAAGUUUGAGUACUAUCUAACGAAUAAAAACGGAGUGGCAGUUUACAAGAAGAAUCCAGUACACAGUGUUUCCAAUAAUGGUGCCACGAUAGAUCUAUCAGGCCGGAAUAUUGUUUUCAUCGAACAAGAUUACCUCAUCGACUAUGCAAAUGUAUUGGAAUUUAUGUUUGACAACAAUCAACAGUUUGACUUCAAGGAAUCGAUGCCGUUCCUUGAGAGCUAUUCUGUCGAAAUUUUGUAUAUGCGGAACUGCUCAAUUACUGCUCUCAACAGCUCUACAUUCGAGAAACUUCCAAAACUUACUUCCCUGCAUCUUCAAGGCAAUCAGAUUCUAUCACUUCAAGGUACAUCAUUUUAUCCACAACAUGGACUGACAUACAUAAACUUGGCCGGGAAUAAUCUUCAGUUGAUAUCGAUUACAGCGUUUCUAUUACUCGGUUUAUUGAAAGUACUUAUUUUGGACGAUAAUCAACAUUUUUGGAGAACUAACAGAAGGCAUUUUCUUAUAAGCACAUCGAUAAGCAAUCUAAGCUGUGAAAACUGUGGAGUUGAACAAUUGACCGACGAAACUUUCAAUAUGAUGCCAAAUUUGCGAGCGCUGAACUUGCAUAAUAAUAAUUUGAAAUCCUUCGAUCUCAAUCCUCUGAAUGAACUGGAAACACUUUGUAUAGAUGACGCAUAUCUCGACGAUACAACUCUUCAUAAACUUGAAAAGCACUUCGACCGAGUGACUGAGCUAGAAGCUGGCUGUAAAAAGCAAAGUUUAUCCAGGCUAUUGAGAAGUAAAAUCAAUAGCAGAAAUAUUCUUUAUGAUAUUGCUGACGCAACUGCGAUGACAGAUGCCACGGAGGAAACGAUCAUUGAGAGAUCUUUUGCCGGAAGUACAUUUGAGAGUUUUGCCCGUAGAUCAGCUGGUCAGGCGAUCGGUCUUAAUAUAUUAGUAAUUCUAAUUACGUCGCUGCUGACAUUCCAACUUUAUGGAUCGCACUCACACAUACAUAGUGUGAGGGAGCAGAAUUUACUUCAUAAUGACCAGAAAAAUGUCAACGCCCAGCCCAACUGUUCCGGCAAUGAAAAUUCGACGGACUCGGCAUCUUCGGAAGAAUCUGUUAUUCAAAAGCGUAAUGACCACCAAUACCAGCAGCAGGAAAAGGAGCGGGGAGCGAUUGCACGGGAGUAA